AAAAACAAGUUAAAAUUAAAAACUACCUGCUCUCACUAACUGUUUGAGCAGAAGAUAAUGAAAGAAACAUGUCAAGAAUAACAAGGAGAACAAGAACCGGCCUAGUGACCAAAUUAAUAAUUAACACAGUGGUUCUUGUUUUAAGUCUGGCCAUGGUGGUCAUAUAAAUAGAAUAUCACUUGCCACUUGAAACAUGCAUGUGGAAGAUUGAAAGAGAGACAAAGGCUGUGCUUUGUGUUUGGAAAGAGAAGUACCUAAACUUGCCAUGAAGACAGAUUUGCAUGCCAACCAACUCAAUUUAAUUUUUCUACCAUAUCUAUCUCCUGGCCAUUUGAACCCCAUGGUAGAUACAGCAAGGCUUUUUGCCAGGCAUGGUGCUAGUGUUACCAUUAUCACUACCCCUGCUAAUGCUUUGACAUUCCAAAAAGCCAUAGACAGUGACUUCAAUUGUGGAUACCACAUUAGAACUCAAGUGGUUCCAUUCCCUUCAGCCCAGCUUGGCCUCCCUGAUGGGGCUGAAAACCUCAAAGAUGGCACUUCCCUAGAAAUACUUGGUAAAAUCAUGUAUGGAAUAUCCAUGCUCCAAGGUCAAAUUGAGCCUCUAUUUCAGGAUCUUCAACCAGAUUGCCUUGUAACCGAUGUGCUUUAUCCUUGGACAGUGGAGUCAGCUGCAAAACUAGGCAUCCCAAGGCUUUACUUUUACAGCGCAAGCUACUUCGCAAGCUGCGCCACAUAUUUUAUCCGAAAGCAUAAGCCUCAUGAGAGGUUAGUUUCUGAUACGCAGAAGUUUUCAAUUCCUGGCCUUCCACAUAAUAUUGAGAUGACCACCCUGCAGCUCGAAGAAUGGGAAAGGACUAAGAAUGAAUUCUCAGAUUUGAUGAAUGCAGUAUAUGAAUCGGAGAGCAGAAGCUAUGGAACACUGUGCAACAGUUUUCAUGAAUUUGAAGGUGAGUAUGAGCUUCUUUAUCAGAGCACCAAGGGGGUCAAGUCUUGGAGUGUAGGACCAGUUUGUGCCUCGGCUAACACAAGUGGUGAAGAAAAGGUCUAUAGGGGACAAAAGGAGGAGCAUGCACAAGAGUCAGAGUGGCUAAAGUGGCUUAACUCCAAGCAGAAUGAGUCAGUACUUUAUGUAAAUUUUGGAAGCCUCACCAGGCUCUCUCUUGCUCAGAUUGUUGAAAUUGCUCACGGACUAGAAAAUUCUGGUCAUAGUUUCAUCUGGGUUGUACGAAUAAAGGAUGAAAAUGAGAAUGGAGACAAUUUUCUUCAAGAAUUUGAGCAGAAGAUUAAAGAAAGCAAGAAGGGUUAUAUCAUAUGGAACUGGGCACCACAACUUCUCAUAUUGGACCACCCUGCCAUAGGGGGAAUUGUCACUCACUGUGGUUGGAAUUCCAUUCUUGAAAGUGUGAGUGCUGGAUUGCCAAUGAUCACAUGGCCAAUGUUUGCAGAACAAUUCUACAAUGAGAAGUUGCUAGUUGAUGUAUUGAAGAUUGGAGUCCCAGUGGGAUCGAAAGAAAACAAGUUCUGGACAACUCUGGGCGAGGUUCCAGUGGUGGGAAGGGAAGAGAUUGCAAAGGCUGUGGUACAGUUGAUGGGAAAAGAAGAGAGCACAGAAAUGAGGAGGAGAGCAAGAAAACUUGGAGAUGCUUCCAAGAAGACUAUAGAGGAGGGUGGAUCAUCUUACAACAACUUGAUGCAGUUGUUAGAUGAACUAAAGUCAUUGAAGGCAUCUAAGGCAAUUGAGAAAGAAACUUGAAACUUGAAAAUUGAAAUGGGGUGACAGUCUUGGGUGAAGGUUUCAAAUAAGAUAGAAUAGCAUCCAAUAUUUUCUUUUUCUAUCAAGCAUAUUAGUCAUGUUUCUGAGGUACUAAGUUUCAUUUAGCCUUUUAUUAAAUAGUAAGUGAAAUGGAGAUCAAUGUGAAGAAAUAAAUCCUAAGUUGUAUGGUUAACAAUUGAGAAAAUAUAAUAAUAGCAUUUUGGCCUAAAAA